AUGCAACUUUCUUCCCAGACUGAAUUGACCGGGAAACACAACAUGGACAACAGCACUGCUGAAACUCCCCAUAGGGCUGCAACAUGCAAUGAGACUUGGCCCACUCAGUUGCCAAGCUCUGAGUUUUCCCUGGGCUUGUUGGUGCUGCUGGCUUUCCUCAUGGUGUUGCUAGCUCUGGUCACCAUCCUUGGAAACAUGCUGGUGAUCCUUGCUUUCAUCAUGGACAGAAACCUCAGGCAUCGGAGUAACUAUUUCUUUCUGAAUCUUGCUCUUUCUGACUUUGCAGUGGGUGCAUUCUGUAUGCCUUUGUACAUCCCUUAUGCCCUGACAGGGACGUGGCACUUGGGAAGAGGCCUGUGCAAGACCUGGCUUGUUCUGGACUAUCUCGUGUGCACAGCUUCAGUGUUUAACAUUGUCCUUAUCAGCUACGACCGUUUCCUGUCAGUUACAAAAGCGGUCUCUUACAGAGCCAAGCAGGGAAUAACUUCCACCCCUGCCAUCAAGAUGGUGGCCAUCUGGGUCUUAGCCUUUCUCCUCUACUGCCCAGCAAUCCUCUUUUGGGAGCAAGUGGAUGGACACAGUGUGGUAGGAGCAGAUCAGUGCUAUGCCGAGUUCUUCAACAACUGGUACUUCCUCCUGUGUGCGUCCACCCUGGAGUUCUUUGUGCCACUGCUCCUGGUGGCCUACUUCAACAUGCACAUCUUCCACAACAUCCAGAGGCGCCAGCGGCAUGGCAGCGUGCAGGACUGUGAACCACCAAGGAGCAGCAGCCUGUCCUGGAGAUUUUGCUUCUUGCCAAGAUUAGGAGCAUCUUCUCCUCCAUCUGAAGCAGAGGACAGUGUUUCAUCACUGAUGAGGUCACGAAAACCAGCAGUGACGGCCAACUCUUCAUCUCCAACAGAAACAAAUCCUAUAGCUCUCAAAAGGAACUUUUCUGUUUCUUUCCAAUCAAGGACUGGGUCCAAACUGCAGCGGGAUAAGAGAAUCGCAAAGUCGCUUGCCGUAAUUGUGUGUAUGUUUGCCAUAUGCUGGGCCCCAUACUCUUUGCUAAUGAUUAUUCGUGGGGCCUGCCAGGGAAAGUGCAUCCCUAACUCCUUGUAUGAAAUAACCUUUUGGCUUUUGUGGAUCAAUUCCUCUUUGAACCCAUUUCUUUAUCCUCUCUGUCAUAUGAGGUUUCGAAUGGCUUUCCUGAAAGUAUUAUGUCCCAAAAAGUUUGCAACAUUGAGAUCAGGUAACACACCUUCUUUAUAG